GCCGAAUGCUGUCAUUACACUGGUUCCUCGAGACUCGUCGUCAUGUCUCUGGGCUGGUCAGGGAACGACCACAAGAGCUACUCGAACCCGCAGACGGGCGCCUUGAAACGGGCGAGAAACGACUCUGGGAACAAGGUGUCGGUGGUUCUGGGCGCGCAGUGGGGCGAUGAGGGCAAAGGUAAAGUGGUGGACUUACUCGCCACGGAGUCUGACAUCGUGUGCAGGUGUCAGGGAGGGAAUAACGCCGGGCACACAGUGGUGGUGGAUGAGAAAGAAUAUGAUUUCCAUCUUCUCCCCAGUGGAAUAAUCAGCACCAAAUGCAUAUCAUUCAUCGGUAAUGGCGUAGUCAUUCAUCUUCCUGGAUUAUUCGAAGAGAUUGACAAGAAUGAGAAAAAAGGGCUGAAAGGAUGGGAAAAAAGACUGGUCAUCUCGGACCGGGCUCACAUUGUAUUUGACUUUCAUCAGGCCGUUGAUGGACUUCAGGAGGUUCAGAGACAAGCUCAGGAAGGAAAAAACAUAGGAACGACUAAGAAAGGCAUCGGACCCACGUACGCCUGUAAAGCGUCUCGCACCGGGCUUCGCAUCUGUGACCUGAUGGCAGAUUUCAGCGAGUUUUCUACGAGGGUGAAGAACCUCGUGCUGCAGUACCAGUCCAUGUAUCCCACCCUUAAAGUGGACGUCGAGGGCGAGCUGAAGAAGCUAAAGGACUACGCCGAGAGGAUCCGACCUCUGGUCAGAGACGGGGUCUAUUUCAUGUAUGAUGCGAUUCACGGACCCCCGAAGAAAAUCCUGGUGGAGGGGGCGAACGCUGCUCUCCUUGACAUUGACUUUGGAACGUACCCGUUCGUGACAUCGUCCAACUGCACCGUGGGUGGCGUGUGCACCGGCCUCGGCAUUCCCCCCGCAAACAUCGGAGAUGUGUAUGGAGUAUCAAAGGCCUACACCACCAGAGUCGGGAUUGGAGCCUUUCCCACAGAACAACUCAAUGCCGUAGGUGAGCUUCUGCAGACCCGAGGUCACGAGGUGGGCGUGACCACCGGCAGAAAGAGACGUUGUGGUUGGCUGGACUUGGUUAUUCUCAAAUACGCUCAUAUGAUCAACGGAUUUACUGGCAUCGCUUUGACUAAACUGGACAUCCUUGAUGUUUUGGAUGAAAUCAAAGUGGGCGUGGCCUAUAAGAUCAACGGCAAACGAAUUCCGCAUUUCCCAGCCAACCUGGAGGUCCUGCAGAAGGUGGAGGUUGAAUAUGAGACUUUUCCCGGGUGGAAAUCGGACACUUCAUCGGCCCGGAAGUGGAACGAUCUUCCUCCUAAAGCUCAGAACUACAUCCGCUUCGUGGAGAACCACAUCAGUGUUCCUAUUAAGUGGGUCGGUGUUGGGAAAUCCAGGGAAUGUAUGAUCCAGAUGUUCUAGACGUGAGGAUUCUCCUGAAGACGAUCAGCACUCAGGAAACUGAUGAUGGAAGAUCAACUCUGAACGGCUCUUCAUGUCCUGGCAUUAUAAUGAUCUUUCUGUCCGUCUCAGAUCGAUUAUUGAUCAUAACACACGUUUACACCCGUCGUUGAUUGUGGCUGUAAUGCAGUUUUGAGUUUUUUUGGGAUUCGAUUGACCCUGUUUGUCAAAGUGGCAUUUCAUUGUGUUGUAGACUUGCACUGUAUUGUUUCCCGCGUUCAUAUGUGAGACAUAUAAAUGAAAAUGUGCAAAGAG